GUCAAAAAUAUGUGCUACUUGAAGUUUAUACUUUGGUGGCAGUGUGUGUAAAUUUUGCACAAUUCCUAUACUGUGUAAAUACAGUAGAUAUGUGAAAGAGCAAUAGUGUUCAUUAAAACAAUAAAAUAAAAUUGAAGAACUUUACUUUCAAGAUACCCUUGCGCUAAGGGAUUUAAAGGAAUGAAUAAAAAUUGCAGCAAAGAUUGUUUGGGGCUUUGUUUACGGAUAACGGCACUUCAUCAGACUUGGAAGUGGUUACAUCAAACAAUUGCGUUACACGAAUAUUUGAUCUCUGUUACGGCAGCGAAUUCGGUAGACGCAUAUUUUGAUAAGACAUUUGAUAUAUUUCAAGGUCGCCAAAGAACAAAUUAGAGCAUCUGAAGUAUUUAUGUGGUCAUAUUAUUUCUAAUUUUUACGAGAGGACAUUUCCAAAAUUUGAUUAAAAAAAACUGAAGUUAUUGAAUAAUAGUAAAAUAAAUACAUUAAUUGUUAUUGUAUAUUGGAA